AUGGAGCAGGCUAGAGUCCAAAACCUUGGAACGAAAAAGACCAGUCAAGGGUUUCAGUUCAGGACCCCAUUGAAGCGUCCUCUCCGUCAAUUGAAAAAGAAUCUCACUUGUCCAAGCAUAUCAAAGACUAAAGAAUCUCCAAAGAAUGCUACAAAAGUUAAGAAAAUCCCAUGA